CAGAUCAUGUGAGUGAGACACGGGACAUUCAACAGAGCUCCAUGAUGCUUUUCCACACAGACGGAAAGUGCCUUAAACCUCAUCUCAGAACACUCCGUGUUUUCACUCUUCUCCUAACAUACUUCUGUAGAGGUCAAUCUCAGCUGAUUGGCUCAUCAAUAGUAGCAACACUUGGUAAUGACAUCAUCUUACCAUAUCAACUGGAGCCUGUGGAAGAUGCUACUGACUUGACAGUGGAGUGGACGAGGCCUGACCUGAACCCCAGAUUUGUCCAUGUGUGGCGUUCUGGGAAAGAACUUGUGAGUAAAAAACACAAAUCCUUCGAAGGAAGAACAUCGCUGUUCAUCGAUGAGCUGAUGUUCGGAAACAUUUCACUGAAACUGUCCAAACUGAAACUCGCUGAUCGGGGAACAUACAGAUGUUUUAUUCCAGCACUGGACAGGCAGUCUUUUGUUCAACUAGAUGUUGGUGCUGUCUCCUCACCAACCAUCAGUUUAGCAGGGAUUGACAGAGACAAAGGAGGAGUAGUGCUACAAUGUGAGUCUAAAGACUGGUAUCCAGAGCCUGAGGUGUUGUGGCUGGACGGUGAGGGAAACCUCCUCCCUGCUGGACCUUCAGAGACAGUCAGAGGUCCUGAUGAUCUCUAUACUGUCAGCAGCAGAGUGACUGUGGAGAAGAGACACAGCAACAGCUUCACCUGUAGAGUCCAGCAGAAGAACACUAACCAGACCAGAGAGACAGAAAUCCAUGUUCCAGAUGAUUUCUUUGAGGUCCAGUCUAGUUCUUCUGUUCCCAUCAACACUGGUUUGGCUGUUAGUUUGGCUGUUUGCAUCAUCCUGUUCAUUCUGUUACUUCUCUUUUCUGUGUGGAAAUGGAGACAAAACAAAAUCAACACGAAAAUGAGCCACAGGGAUGAACCUGAUAAAGAAGAAAACCGAACUAAUGAUCCGUCUGUCACUGCAGAAGAAACCAAGUCUUUGACAGGAAAAAAGAGAAAGAAGAUCAAACUUGAGCAGCAGAGGAGGGAGGAAGCUGAGAGAGCAGUUCAGACUCUGAAAAAGGAGCUGGAGACCAAGAAGAAGGAGUUUGAAAGUAAACUAGCUGAAGUCCAGCAGCAGCUCAACGAUGAAAAGCAGAAACAUGAGGAUCUGAUGGCAGACAUUCAAAAGAUGAAGGAUGACAUGCAGGCCAAAAUCAAUGAGUUGGAGGAAAAAGCUGGCCUGUCUCUGUUUGGGUUGAAGAUUUUUAAAAAGCGGACACGUGAGGAAGAGCAGCAGAAGAGGGAGGAAGCUGUCCAGAUCCUGACCCAGAUGCUGGAUGAAGAGGAGAAGCAAAGGAGUGAGAACCAGCAGGAGCAGCUGCAAAAGGAGCUGGAGAUAAAAAAGGACAGAGAACAAGGUGUUAACACAAAGUGGAAGAACACUAAUGACGAGCUGAAACAGGCAAAGCAAGAUCUCAAGAGCAGGAAUGAAGAGAUCAGCACGCUUAAGAGAGAACUCUGGGAUGAGCAGAAGAAGAAAGAGGAAACUGAGAAAGCUCUGGCGGAGCUGAUGGCCAAAAACAUGGAGUGUCAGCAGCAGCUCCAGGAGGAGAAGACUAAAAGGGGGAAAGCUGAGGAAAAUUUGAAGAAACUACAGGAGGAGAACAAGGUACAUGAAAGUAAAGUUGAAGUGAGGGAGCAUGAAGAUUUUAAGUCUGAGAAGGACAAGACCGGCUCGGCCAAUCAGAGCUCAGCAACAGGACCUGUCAUUGUUCAUGAGGUUGGGCGAAAUGGGAAAUUUAUCCAUCUCAGAAACACGUCCAGAGAGGACCAAGAACUGGGAGAAUGGAAUUUAGAAAUGCAGAUCAACGACACACAACCCAUCACAUACACAUUUCCGAAAAAAUUCAAGCUCAAGUCUGAACAAAUCGUCAAUAUUGUGGUCCCAGGUUAUGGUAAGGAUCAUCAUCCCAUUGAUCUGAUGUGGAGGGACCUGAAGUCCUGGACCCCCGGAGACAAACUAACGUUCACCCUCACCACCAACAAGGGAGAGAUCAAAUCAACUCAGUUAAUAGUCUCUGGAAGAUAAUAAUUAGCCUGCUGUCAUACUAGUUUUUUUACCUUACCUUUCUGCUCCUUUUUUGUACUACAAUAAUCUCCUAUUUAGCUGCUGCGAUUAGCAACAGAAAGCUCCAUGGACAAAAUGAUCACAUUAACACACGUUACACAUCAGAAACAUGACGACUCAGAUCUUCCUCUAAAAACACAGAUUGUAGUGAUGCUCUGUCACCAUGAUGUCACAUCUCUCUUUAAUCUGAAAUCAACUAAAGAAGAAUGUCAUGAAUAUUAAAUCAAACGCUCCGUUUUUGUUAUUGUGGUAACAGUUACUGAAAAACACUCUUCAUUAUGAAGACAAAAUAUAACUCUAAAAUGUUUUUUUUGCAUUUGUAUCUGAAUUGAAUGUAUUCAAUCUUCAAAGAUCUUUGUUAUUCUGUUUUGUUUUGUUUAACUGUAAUUUAAUUUAUAUAGGAUAGUCAAUGUAGAAUUUUGUAAUAAAGAGAUUAAAAGACAAAUAGAAGUUUGAUUUCAA